AUGGAUCAAGAGCUCGUCCAGCUUCUCUCUGAUACCCAGAACGCCGCCGCAGACACUCGAAAGACCGCGGAGUUGCGCCUGCAGAGCCUCUAUUCGAACGAGAACUUCCCCCUCUCCCUCGCCUCGAUUGCGUCCCAUAACUCGGUUCCUGUUCCUCUCCGGCAGUCUGCACUGGUCGUUCUACGUACCUUCAUCAAUUCGGCAUGGUCCUCGCAGCUCGACGAUUUCAAGGGCCAGGUCCUCGUCAACGACGCGAACAAGGCACACCUCCGACGCGUUCUACUUGAACUAGCUACCUCUCCGGAGCAAGAUGACCGCAAGGUCAAGACUUCAGCGAGCCUAGUCGUCAGCCGUAUCGCCAGUGCUGAUUUCCCUGACGAGUGGCCCGAGAUCCUGCCCACGCUGCUCCAAAUUAUCCCCAAUAGCACAGAUGUCCAGCUACACGGCGCCCUGAAGGUUCUGUCAGACUUGGUGGAGACUGGCUUCAACGAAGAGCAGUUCUUCAAGGUGGCUAGGGAAUUGGUGUCGACGGUGUUCAGUGUCGCGACGAAUACUUCGCGGAAGCCGAUAUUGCGAGCACUGGCCGUUUCGACCUUCCGGGCAUGCUUCGACACGCUCGAGAUGGUCAUUGAGCAGCAUAAGGUCGAAGUUAGGCAGUUUAUGGACGAGGCGUUGAACGGAUGGCUGCCAUUUUUCAUUGCUACGAUCAAAGAACCACUCCCGACUAUGCCGUCAGAAGAGGAUGAGGCCAGUGACUCCCCGAUUCCACAGCAAUGGCGCGGCGUUAUUGCGUUGAAAUCACAGGUUGUCAAGACGAUUAUGAAAGUCCGAACUGUCCUGCCAGCUCUACUUACAACUCACAGCACGACUCUCUUCCACACCAUCUGGACUGAGCUGACAACCAUUCAAGACGCGUAUCAGCAGCUUUACAUUCACGACGAGAGACAAGGGCGUCUUGAAGAUGCAGAUAAUCUUCCAUAUACGCUUGACUUCUUGGUAUUGGAGGAAUUGGACCUCAUGCAGGCCUUGCUCCGUGCACCACCUGUCAGAAUCGAACUAGAGAGUCAAUUGAAACUGGCUGGAGCUACCGCAAGUUCCUCGAGCUGGCUGCCAGAGAUGAUGAAGCUUGUUGUAUCCUACGCUCAGAUUACGACCGAAGAGGAAGGCCUCUGGGAUAUUGAUGUCAACUUAUAUCUUUCCGAGGAAACCUCUGUUACUGCCAACUACACCCCUAGAACUUGUGGCGGUGACCUUGUCAUCAGACUUGGCGAGUGGCUCAAGCGUACUGCGGUUGAUGGGCUCCUUUCGUACACGAACGGUCUCUUCUCCGACCCCAACACAGGAUGGAAAUACCGUGAAUCUGCCCUCUUCAUUCUCAACCAGCUACUUCGCGACUUGAGUGACGUGGAUCAGACCAUUUCCGUGGACUUGGCCACUGGUUUCAACGAAUUUGUGAAGUUUUGUAUUCAGCAGGAUGAAGUUUUCCUUCGAUCACGAGGGUACCUUGUCGCAGGUAUUAUUGCGCGAACGGCCGGGGAGGGCUUUUACCAGUCUGCAGUGCCGUAUCUCGAAGCUGCCGUUAAAGGCAUCCGAGAUGACCCCUCAGAGGUCGUUAAAGUCUCCUGCAUUCGUGUCUUGCAAGAUUUCUUGCCCGCUUUGCCUGCAGCCACGGCAGCACCGUUCCAAGUACCAGUUCUGUCGAUACUCUCAGACUUCAUUUCCAGCCACGACCUUCGUGAUUUCUCUGAAGGGGAUGACCUCAAAUUCACCCUUGCAGAUACUCUACGUGACACCAUCAUGGUCGACGCUAACAUCGUCCUCUCAUCGAUUGCAUUAGACGUACUUUUCAACAUUGCAAGUGCCGGUGCAGGGAAUUUCCAGUUAGCCAUGAUCGUGACGGAAACAUUCGAGCAGAUCGUGCAACAUAUCGCUGUUCAAGGGCCCGAGGCGUAUAUUAGUCUGUGCGAGAAAGUGCUUCCUCCUUUGACUGGCGCCAUUGAUGUUGGAAACAUGACACAGGAGAAUUCGUUGACGAAUUUGGCCACGGACCUUUUGCGAGCUCUGGCCGAGAAUGGUCUAGAGCCACUCCCACAGGGCCUGAUUGCGACGGUACUGCCGAAAUUGAAUCGAUUAUUACUCGGAUCAGGUGACAGCGAACUUCUUCCCACCGCAACGCUGGCCGUGAAGCAUAUGCUGGAGCACGACCCAAUCCAGUUCUUUGCCUGGCAAGACCCGCAGACUGGAAAGGGGGCAGUUGAAACUGUCCUUAUCAUCAUAGAUCGCCUUCUCGGCUCAGCUGUAGAUGACAACGCCGCGUCUGAAGUUGGUGAACUUGCUGCGGAAUUGGUUGAGAAGGCGGGUGCUGAGAAACUAGGUCCAUAUUUACCACAACUUCUCCGUGCUGUUGCCCAGCGACUGGCUACGGCAGAAAAGGCUCAGCUGAUCCAAAGUCUUAUCCUUGUUUUUGCACGACUAUCUCUGAUAAACGCUCGAGACGUCAUUGAUUUCCUCGGCCAGCUUGACAUCAAUGGCCAAUCUGGUCUUCACGUCGUUCUGGCUAAAUGGCUCGAAAACUCUGUCACCUUCGCUGGCUACGAUGAGAUCAGACAGAAUGUCAUUGCCCUGUCUAAACUCUACGAACUUGACGAUCCCCGUAUCGCCGAGAUACAAGUCAAAGGCGAGCUCAUUAUUCAGGACACGGGCAGGAUCAAGACACGCUCCCAAUCCCGCAAGAACCCAGACCAGUACACCGUUAUCCCAGCGCCAUUGAAGAUCAUCAAAGUCCUCGUUGAAGAACUUUCCUCGGCAUCGGGUGCUCGAGAUAUCCGAGGUGCUGCUGCUGGUGGCUUAGCCAGUGGUGAGCUCGAUGAUCUCGAAAGUGAUGACGAGAAUGACGACUGGGAAGAUCUUCCAUCUAACAACAUCCUUGACCUCGGUCUUGGUAUCACAAAGCAAGAGUUGAUGGGUUUUGGUGCUGAAGACGACGAUGGCUCUCUCGCUAUGCGACAGCGAGAUGAUGAGACACAGGCAUUUUUGACCCAGUUCUUCACCGAAAAUGCUCCUAAGCCAAGAUUCCAGGAGAUUUUUGCUGCGCUGAACCCACCUGAACAGGGUAGAUUACGGAGCCUGUCCUCUUGA